AUGUUGUCGACCGUGUUGUCAAUUCUCGUAUUCCAUACCUGUGGUGUCCUUAUAACAACUACAUGGGCUGACGAUUGCUUCAGUUACCAGGAUGACAGCGGCACCUAUCACGAUAGUCGCCAGUGUAGUAGCAUGCAUUGCUGUGGAACCUGCAACAACAGAUACUGUUGCCCAGAAAAGACCAGGCUGCUCACUCAAGAGCUCUGCAAUGUCAUGCCUCGCUUUGAGAAGCAUACAAGCUCUGUGAUCAUUUUAGGCAGCAUCCUCGGCGCUGUCAUCCCCAUUAUCUUCUGCGUGGGUCUCAUCACCUGCUUUGUGGCUCCUUGCUGCUUUCUGUACAAAAAGUGCAGGAAACGACGCGACUCACAUCGACGUCAAAAUGUGACAUCCACCUUUGUUGUUGCACCCCAUCAACCAGCCACGACGCCUCACCAGCCACCGUUCCAACCUGGCUAUCAGCCCGUGCCAGUACCGCCUCAUUACGGAGGACCUGCCAUGCCCUCAGCACCAAUGGGGCCACCUCCAUACACGGAAGAAGCUCCUCCAGCGUAUCCUCCCGGUGUUCUACCGUCAGAUCAACAUACACAACCUCCCUACAACCCUUCCUAUGGUUUCCACAACUAA